AUGGUUAAGUAUCUGUCUAUGAUCUCGGCUAUUCAAUGGAAGAAGAGGAGGUCAUCAUCAAAGGAGAUGAGAAGAGCAAGAGGAGGGAGAAUGAGAAGAAUACAAAGAAGAGACGAUUUUGUGGCACCAGAGAUUACUUUUGAUCUCGUGAUCGAGAUCCUGAGUAGAUUGCCUGCUAAAUCUCUUAUGAGGUUCAGGUGUGUCUCAAAGCUCUGGUUUGGUCUGAUCCGUUCUCGAUAUUUUAGCAACCUUCAUCUUACGAAGAAGAUCUCAUCAUCUCCUCCAUGUGGAGAACCACUUCUUCUGUACGUAGAUUUCUGCACCAAGUCUGAACUGCUAUCAUUAACAUUAUCGUCUAGUAAUGCUGCUGAGUCAUCAUGGCUAGAACCAGAUUUUACUUUCCCAGGGAUGGGAGGGAUGGGAGUACACAGGACACUGAUUUUUCGCGGUUUGAUUUUAUACACUUUUUGCCAAAAAUCAUUUAUCUAUAAUCCUGCCACUAGACAAAGAUUAAACUUACCCACCAUCACCUUUGCUCAACAAGAGCGUAGUCAUAAGAAUGUCUACUACUUUUUCGGACAUGAUCCUGUUCUUGAUCAAUACAAAAUAGUCUGCAAUGUUUUUGAGAGAUGGAUAACCUCCGAGUUUUGGGUCUUCGUACUGGAACCAGGAAGUGUUUGGAAAAGAAUUGAGUAUGAUGAUCAACCUCACGCUCCUUCACGACAAGGACUCUGCAUGGACGGAGUUAUAUAUUAUCUAGCUUCCACUCCGACAUGUCCCAAUAAUGUUUACUGUUUUGACGUUAGGUCUGAAGAGAUCCGUGCGAUCCAAGCACCUCAUGCAGUAUCUCAGUUUUCUAAGUUAUUGAAUUUCAUAGAGCAUGGUGGGAAACCGACACUCUUUGAUUAUACACAUAUUAGAGAAACGGGUGUGUCGGAGUUGUGGGUCUUGGAGGAUGGUCUAGGUGGAACUUGGUCGAGGAAGUCUCUGGUUUUGAAGCCUUGUCAGAGGCAUUUAGUAGAUAACAUCAUUAUUGGUCGUAUGGUGCAUAGUACACCUCAGAACAGUGAGAUUAUCUUGGCGUUGCCUAGUCAUUCUUACCUUCUCUAUUACGAUCUUAUAAAGAAUGAUCUGAGAAAGGUUAAUAUCAUCAGAGCUACAACGCGGGAUGUGUAUAUCAGGGUUAUGGAUAUAUGUGAAAACAUCCUGCACCUGGAAGCUUGA